AAAACGAGGCUAAACAAACGUGUUAAUUUUGUAAGCGAAUGAGUGGUCAGCAAGAAUGAAUGUGAUGUGAUAAAGAAAAGGUUCAAGGUUAGAAACCAUGUCUGCUUGUAACUUGGCACAUUGUGAACCACCUAACCCCAAACUCUUUUCUCCAAAGUAGCUGCAACCAAGGCAAGGAGUGGCUCACCUUCUCCCUAUAUAUAUGCAUGCAUAUAUCUAACUCACACCAGACACUCCAUUCUUCUCUCUGGUUCUCUAGGAAAUCCAGAAAAACAAAAGUAGAUAAAAGUAGAUUUUUUCUUGUUUUUGAUAAUGGCUGGAACUGGUUUGUUUGCGGAGAUAUUGGAUGGAGAUGUUUACAAGUACUAUGCUGAUGGAGAAUGGAAGAAGUCUUCUUCAGCCAAAACUGUUGCCAUUAUUAAUCCAACUACCAGAAAAACUCAGUACAAGGUUCAAGCUUGUACACAAGAAGAAGUGAACAAGGUCAUGGAAUCAGCAAAAACUGCACAAAAGUCUUGGGCCAAGACUCCACUUUGGAAACGAGCUGAGCUACUUCAUAAAGCUGCAGCCAUCCUAAAGGAACAUAAAGCACCAAUUGCUGAGUGCCUGGUUAAAGAAAUUGCAAAACCAGCCAAAGAUGCAGUUACCGAGGUUGUAAGGUCCGGGGAUCUGGUUUCUUACACUGCUGAAGAGGGAGUUAGGAUUCUUGGAGAAGGAAAAUUCUUGGUAUCUGAUAGUUUUCCAGGGAACGAAAGAACCAAAUAUUGCCUCACUUCCAAGAUCCCGCUUGGAGUAAUUCUAGCCAUUCCACCAUUCAAUUACCCUGUCAACCUUGCCGUUUCAAAAAUAGCACCGGCUUUAAUUGCAGGAAACUCCCUUGUACUCAAGCCACCUACACAGGGUGCUGUUUCAGCUCUUCAUAUGGUGCACUGCUUUCACUUGGCUGGCUUUCCCAAAGGGCUCAUUAGCUGUGUGACAGGGAAAGGCUCUGAGAUUGGUGAUUUCCUUACUAUGCAUCCUGGAGUUAAUUGUAUAAGCUUCACUGGUGGAGACACUGGUAUUGCUAUCUCAAAGAAGGCAGGAAUGGUCCCUCUUCAAAUGGAAUUGGGAGGAAAAGAUGCUUGUAUCGUACUCGAGGACGCCGACUUAGAUUUGGUUGCUGCAAACAUAAUAAAAGGAGGAUUUUCUUAUAGUGGCCAAAGAUGCACUGCUGUUAAAGUUGUGUUGGUGAUGGAAUCUGUUGCUGAUGUUCUGGUGGACAAAGUGAAGGCAAAAAUCGCAAAGUUAACGGUUGGACCACCGGAGGAUGACCGUGAUAUCACUCCGGUUGUGUCGGAAUCAUCUGCAAAUUUCAUUGAAGGGCUGGUCAAGGAUGCCAAAGAGAAAGGAGCUAUAUUUUGUCAGGAGUACAAGAGAGAUGGCAAUCUUAUAUGGCCAUUGUUGUUGGACAAUGUUCGGCCUGAUAUGAGGAUUGCAUGGGAGGAACCAUUCGGCCCGGUUUUGCCAGUUAUAAGAAUCAAUUCCAUUGAGGAAGGAAUCCACCAUUGCAAUGCUAGCAACUUCGGUCUCCAGGGAUGUGUGUUCACUAAGGAUGUCAACAAAGCAAUAUUGAUUAGUGAUGCAAUGGAGACCGGGACAGUUCAGAUUAAUUCCGCACCAGCUCGAGGACCGGAUCAUUUCCCGUUUCAGGGUUUGAAAGAUAGUGGAAUUGGAUCACAGGGAGUUACCAACAGCAUUAACAUGAUGACAAAGAUCAAGAGCACUGUCAUCAAUUUACCAACCCCAUCUUAUACUAUGGGCAAUGGAGGACAUUCCAAAUUAUGAGGACGUGAAGACGGCCUCCCAUCUCUCAUCAUCAUCAUGAUUCAUGCAUCAUUGAAUGAUUCAUGGUUUUGCAAUUGGGCAAGGAUUUUGUCUCCAUUCUUCAAACUAUUACAAAUAUUUCUUUGUUUGUUGUACUCCACUUGACAGUCUUAUCCAACAAAAAGGGUGUCACACCCCUUGCCUAAGCAAUUUCAAUUUAUUCAAAUAAAAACCCAGCUGCUUUUUAUCUCAA